UGGAAGAUGAAGAUUAGGAACGAGUGAGGAAGAACCUGCGGGCCCACAAAAUAAAUUAACCUUGUAUCUUUUAGCUUGUUUAUAUAUCAGUAUAUGUGAUUAUCAUUGAAGUACCAUGUCGCAGUUUGCGGGAACAAAAAACCCACCGUGGGCUAGACCACAGUCACAAUCAGAAUUUAUUAAUGUUUCGUCGACAAACACCAUUGCUGCUGCAAACUCGAUCAACCAGAGCCAAGUGGCCAACACCAUGCUUCCCCAGUCAGUGGUGGCCAACCCCACAGUGUACAGCCUCAACAAUUCCACACCCAACUUGGGCACCUCCCAGUACACAGCUCCUCAGUACUCCGCCCAGCAGCUGGUCGGUCUUCAGGCACAGCAGCAGGCAGCAGCCCAGGCAGCCAUGCAGCAGCCCUCUAUUUCCUCGCCAGCCCCUACCGGACCUGUGAUUCCUCAGCCAGGUAUAGCUAUCCCUACCUCCCUGGCCACUACUCCAAAUGUCAGCUACCCAACUCCCAGGGCAGCCCAGCCUCAGGGACCCAAGCAGAGAGUCUUCACUGGCACCAUCACCAAACUCCAUGAUAACUUUGGAUUUGUGGAUGAAGAUGUCUUCUUCCAGACAAGCUGUGUGAAAGGUGCUCAGCCUAAGGUUGGAGACAGAGUUCUGGUGGAGGCCACUUUCAAUGCCAACAUGCCCUUCAAGUGGAAUGCUGUAAGGAUACAAGUACUUCCUAACCAGGGACCACAACAAGCAGGGAUGGGAGGUGGUUUUAACAAACCCUCCGGACCAAUAUCUAUGGCUAAUUCCAUGAUACAAUCAUUGGCAACCAACAUGCCUCCAUCGGGACCCAUGAAUCAUGGAGGGAAUCUGUCUCUCAAUCAGCCUCUUCAGUCUCUGAUGCAAACCCACCAGCCACCUCCAGGCCUAAUGUCAGCCUCAGGAAUGAGAGGCCCCAUUUCCUCUGCACGGAGGAAUGAACCUGCUCGAUUUGAGAGGAAUCGUGAGAGGAAAAGAGAGAUGAUGCAGGAGAAGCGGGAGCGACAGGAACGUCUACAAGUUGCUAGGAAACGAUCACGUUCAAGGUCCCCUGUCGCCAAACGCAAUGAUUCCACACAUCAGCGCAGUCCUGCCAGAAGGAGGCCCCGGAUAGUACCAAGAUAUGUUGUCCAGGUCCCAAAGAUCUCAUUUGACAUGAAAUUUGCCAAUGUGAUGUCAUUGAAGGCACGCUACACAAACAUGUAUAUUCCAAGCGACUUUUUCAACGCCAACUUUGCGUGGACAGAUGCAUUCCCAAUUGUUCGACCAUUCCAGCUUGGCAAUCACUGUUCCUUUCACUUAUUCCACAAGGAUGUGGAGGGUGUGGAACCUACUACGGCUGUACUGGACCCCCCAGACAGUGACCAUGCCUACAAUGCUAAGGUAAUGCUCCUUUCCUGUCCCUCUCUCGAUGAUCUAUACCACAAGUCAUGUGCCCUAGCUGAGGACUCACCAGAUGCCCAAGAAGGAUUUGUCCAUCCAACCAGGCUGCUUAACUUCCUUGUAGGUCUGAAAGGGAAGAAUGAGACGAUGGCCAUUGGGGGGCCUUGGUCUCCCUCUUUAGAUGGUCCUAAUCCAGGGGAAGACCCUGGAGUGCUGAUCAAAACAGCCAUUCGUACUACCAAGGCCCUGACUGGGAUCGACCUGGCUGCCUGCACACAAUGGUAUCGAUUUGUCGAGAUGCAGUACCUGCGGCCAGAGGAGACCCACAAGGGGAAACACGUGGCGGCCCGGGUAGAAACCACCGUCAUUUUCUUUCCCGAUGUGUGGAGCUGUACCCCAACCCGCCUCGAGUGGGCCACUUUGCAGGCCUCCUACAAAAAACAACUUCAGAAGAAGUUGUCGACGGUUUCCAGUUCCGACAAGGACGACAACUCACAGGAAGAAGAAAACUCUGAAGAAAAUAGUGAGCCAACGCAUUUCUCUGAACUGGAUCCUAAGACAAUGAAGAUUGUUGACCUGAGGAAAGAGCUUGAAAGUCGUACUCUUAGCUCCAAAGGACUCAAAUCUCAACUCAUUGCUCGCCUCACAAAGGCCAUUAAAUCUGAGCAGGAGAAAGAGGAGACACAGGAAAAUAUGGAAGUGGAGGAAGAGGCACCAGAGGACCAAAAAAAAUCACAGGAGCCAGAGGAGAAGACUGACGAGAAGAAAAAGGAGGAGGAAGAGGAGAAGAAAAAGGAACGAGAGAAAGUGUCAUUGGAGAGAAAGUAUGUCCUUCCUGAUGAUCCUGCUAUCAUUGUGCACCCCAAUCCCACAGCCAAGAGUGGCAAGUUUGACUGUGCUGUUAUGUCUCUUAGUGUCCUUCUGGACUACCGGCCUGAGGACAACAAAGAACACUCCUUCGAGGUGUCCAUUUUUGCGGAACUCUUUAAUGAGAUGUUGAUGCGUGACUUCGGGUUUGAGAUUUACAAAGUACUAGUGAAGGCACCAGAGAAAAAGGAAGAGGAGAAGAAAGACAAGAAGAAGGAGGAAGAGAAAAAAGACAAAGACAAGAAAUCAGAUGAUAAAUCUUCCAAGGAUGGUAGCAGCAGUAGCAAGAAGAAAAAGACUGAUGAAAAGGAUCGCAAGGACAGUGAAAAAAAGGACAAAGACAGGAAAAAGGAUGAUGACAAGAAAAGUGAUGGUGAGAAAAAAGAGGAAAGAGCUGACGAAAAUGAUGGGGAAGAGGAAAGCGAUGACAAAGGAAAGAAGGAAAAAAAGAAAGAGAAGAAGAAAUUAUAUACUAAGGACAAGGAUGUACUGUUGUCAUUUACAUACUUUGACCAGAAUCACACAGGAUAUCUGUUGGAUAAAGAUGUGGAGGAAAUCAUCCAUACCAUCGGUCUACAGCUGUCUCGCGCUCAGGUGCGUAAGUUGGUACAAAAGUUGGUGUCCCGGGAUGCCCUCAACUACAGAAAGCUUACAGAUCGCCCUUUUCCUGGUCAGUCUGACAACAAAGAGGAAGCUGAGGAUCAGACAUGGGAACUAAAGAUCAAUGAGAUUGAGAAAUUGGCCAUCGGUAAUAAAAGCUACAUCCAGAUGAGAGUUAAACAGGAAGAAAUCCAGCAGUGCCCUACGAAGACUGCAGCUUUAAAGGACGAAGUGACUCCAGAAGAGGACACUAAGGAGGAGGUGACCGGCUUUGUUAUGUACAAAGGGAGUGUACUAGACAUCACCAGUGUGAUGCAGAGGCUGGACAGGAGUGAACGUACACGAAACGAAAUGGAGAAACAGAUGCAAAACCUCACCACACAGAAAGACGGUUUGAAGAAGAAUCUAGUCAGUAAAGAUGAUUCCUGCCAGAAGUUGGCUGCCGAAGUAAAACAACUGAAGCAGAAACUACAGAGCCAAGAGAAGCUAACAAACUUGAGUGACACAACAUGCAAGAAAUAUCUAUCUGCCUUGCAGGAAUCUCGUACAUAUCUAACCAGUGCAGUAGACACCAUUGUACAUGCUCUCUCAAGUGACAAGGUCAAAAAGGAGGAGGAGUCAAAUGGAAGUUGAUUGUGUUAGAAUAGAUGUAAAAUUCUGUAGGGUAUUUCUUGAAUCUAAUAUUAAGUACAUAGAUUUAAAAAGAAAAAUAAUGUAUCAAUGUUCUAAAGCAACAUUAAAAGCUACAUUGAUGUG